AGUAGCUCCACCAUUCUCCCAUCUCUCAAGAUGAUGCGUGUCAAUGCCGGAGACGCCGAGCACAGGAAACACCAAGCAAGGAGAGAGAGAGAGCGGAAACGGGGCGUUGAGAGAGGCGGAAACUUGAUGUAUCCAACGGGCAAACUUCAACGAGUCGACAACAACGUUGACAUCAGUGCUGAACAUGAUCCGACGACAGGAGGGAGAGAACGAAGACGGGACUACCCACAAGUCGACGAUGUCCCAAGAAAGGGGUUGUCAGAGACCAAACCCUUUGAAGAAUUGAAGGCACGCACCGCAGGAGGAAUGGGUGGGAGGAAAUGCUGUGAGUGCUGAUGUUAUGUAGAAUCAAAGUUGAGACACACGCAUAAUAUUCCUCGCUUCGUUUUCGUUGCCAAACAGGUACCUUGGGGAGGAAGAGCUUGUGGCAUUGCUUCGGGUCCUGGCCAGCCUUUCCUCCGCUGAAAGCGCCUUUUGUGCCACGUGCGUCUCGGCGGAGUCCGUGGAGGGGGCCCAGAACAACGCCAGUCCCCUGAUGGGCCACUGGAAAUGGGGCAGCGACAACCCUCAGGCUUUCUUCGAAGCCAACUUUCCGGAAGGGUGGUCGUUCAACGGGGUGACCUGCGGUACCCCCGGAGAGUUCCCUGAAGGGGCCGACUACGGAGUGGGUUUCGUGGGCAAGGCGCCGGCGUACGUCAUAGGGUACUUUUCGUCGUCGUCGUCUUCUUCCUCCGGGGGGGGCUCCGGCUAGUGGUGACCCUGGCCGGGGACGAAUAGUUUUUUGGAAGGAAGUGGGAGACGUGGUUUGUGACAUUUCAGCAGCCGUGUGGUGGUUAGCAAUGUUUUGUGAUUGGUGAGCAUGAUGGAUAAAGCAUACAAUCGGGAACGUUGGGAUAGGGUUAGGGUUACGGAGUAGGGUCUGCGCAUCCGCUCCCCGUUGUAUUUCCUCAUCAACCUAUUUCUCGCGAAGGCGGGUCUGAGAUUUUGGCGGGGGCAGUGUUGUAGGAAGAAUCUGAAUGUGGUGAAUGCUAUCAUGUCGUGUCGGUACUGCUUGUAGUUUUGGCGCGAGUGUUGAUUUCUUCGGAACUACUUUCGUAUGUAGAUAUUUGGGGCAUUAGCGACGAGGAGGACGGGAGAGGUAGAGUUCAUGGGUAGGUUGUACAAAAUAAAAUUCGGUAGUCCGGAAGCCAUGGACUUGUGCUGUAUGGCGUGAGGAAUCAUCGUGAACAGAUGGCAACUCAUGCAUGCGAAGGCCGGAGUUUGCCACCGCUCCAGGUGCAUGAGGUUCGACUCUCGCUGCGCCAUCCGGAGCGAGCCCACACAACCCGUGUAAAGUGCACCCAUGUGUGUAGAGCCGAUAACAACCUCAGGGGUUGCCAGUCGGAAACAUCACUUUUACUUAUUGACGGUAGAGGCCACACACGCGCACACAGAGAGCGCCUUGGUCCUGACCCCCCAUCUCGAGCUCUACACCCGCAUCCACACCUGUACCCGUACCGCUCAUUAACCCGUUUCCGUACCGUCAUCCCGUUCCCGUCCUAGAUAACUGCGCCAACGUAUCCAGGUUGACUCAGUCUCGAGGAGCCCCCGCUCUAGGGCCCUUCGAUCCACCACUCUACUUGACUAAUGAAUAUCAGUAGGCUACCGUUUGCUAGUUUGUGUAUAUUACAUCCCCUCCCUCCCCCUCACAGUCACACCACGAAAAAUUGCUGUGCACCGAUCAGCGAUCAGC